UAGGGUUUAGGCGAUAAGAKAAUACUAAUCAAGCUAAUUCGGACUUUCCUUUGCAGAGGCCAGUUGACCAGWACAGACCAUGACCCUUCAAGUAACCAGUAAAGUSGGACGACGACCGCUGUUUCUUCUUUUUGCCAUUUGUAUGCUAUUAGUACUCGUGUUCACUUCGCUGUUAAUGACGUCAAAUUACCGCUCRWCUCUAAAACACCUCCCAUCAGUGCARGGAAUUUAUGAGAAAAUGCCGUUCUUUAAUGCAAGUUAUUUAAGACUUUAUGCUAAAACGACGUGUCCAAUAUGCCCCUCGCCUACGCCUUGUCCAACAGAGUCUCGCUCUACUUGUAAACCAGGAAUGAGAAAAAAAUGCCCGACACCGAAACCUUGCCCAYUACGAUACACCGAGUUUUCAUAUUUCAAAAGAGAAUUAAGUAGACAAUURCUGGAYAUUCAUCGAGAGAUGAGGAAUUCCAUUGAACGAAAAGCCGCACCAUCACCUCAGGCGUUAUUAAAACUCGAAGGUAUAAUGGAACAACUAGAYAAGGGUUAYAAAGCAUCUAAAAUCAUGGAGCCAGAACAYGCAUCUUAUCYCAAUAUAGACAACCAAACACUUGAUGUAUGYCCUGAAAAAUACCUCGGCGAGAAGARGGGAUAUCCWUUCUUUCAAACUGGUUGGACAACAACAAAUUGUAGCAAUGUAAAACCUUUACCUUCUGUAAUCACAAUCUUGUUGAACACUUUAGAGUACCCUGAACCUUACGAGGACAAAGUAAAUCUUGUUCUACGUGGUAUCCAUCAAACCUACCCUGGUGUUMARGUUUAUCUAGCUCCUAAGAAUGAAAAAAUUAAAGAGAUUGUUAGUCGUUGGCCGAAUGUMACUGCUAUCGAGUUCAACAGUAGUCGACUUACCAUGGGUAGAGUMUGGAAUAAACUUGUGUCUAAAGUAAAAACCCCUUAUACRUUGAUAGGGCGUGGUCUUGUUCACUUUACAUGGACAGCGCGWAUAAGAAGACAAAUUCGAAUGAUCAGUGAGAUAGACUAUGUGGGGGUUGUUGGGGGAUCGUUUCGUAACUGGACAGGUCACUGGAGAAUCGGUUGUCGACAAACCAAAAAGAAAAACUACGUCCUGGAGUAUCAAGAAGGUUACCACUAUUCUACUCGCUCCUGUAUGUUUUGUGACGACUUAGAAGGUCCUUUUGUUGCUAAAACAAACAUCUUGAAGUCUGCCGAAUUUGGUGAAAAACUACCAAGUGCAGUAGUAUUUGAAGAUUUCUUUUUGAAAGUAUUCGAUAUGGGUUAUUUGACGAUGAACUGCCCAGACGCAAUGUACUUUGCCAAUGAUGACUCGAGAGAUAUAAAGAGAAGCGAUCGUAAAGUUUGGGAAUUCUUUUCGGCCAAGUGGAAAUUUGUACGAAUUUUACUUCCAGGGGGAGUCAUGCAUAGUUUCUCGUGUGAAGAUAUUUCCUAUCGAUGUGCCACAAAAGUAACUAAAUAUGCAACUAUGCCAGCAUGUUGUCUUGAGGAAUACGGCAGGGCUAUGAAAUUCUUUUAUGAUUUGUGCCAAGAGCACAAUAUUCUAUUUGAGCUUGAUUCAGGUUCUGUGCUGGGUGCGGUCAAAAUGAGUGGUCUGAUGCCAUACGAUGUGGAUGGGGACAUUUCUUUGCUGUCCAAUAAUUUCUCCAUACUAUAUUCCUUUCAGGAGUAUAUCCGUCAAAAGGGAUUCAAUUUAAAUGCUUAUUCAAGGCCAAAAUGGGACGUCAAUGGAACCAUUAUCAAAAGCAAAAAAGGUUACCUAAUGUUUCAUAGCCCUCACAUUUACACGGAAAUCUACGGCUGGCCAACGCUUUCGGGUUUUUUGUUUCUACCACCAGAACUUCGUGAUCCCGUGUAUUUUACCAAAGUACUUAUGAAUGGACACUGGAUAAGUUCGUCGUUUUGUCCAGGACUUUUCGCUCGUAAUCGUUAUGGUCUUGAUGUUCUGAAACACUCACAAAGCUGGCUACAGGUCGGAGGGAUGGGUUCUAGUUGGAGUAGAUAUAAAGCCGGCAGAUUUCUGGGUUGUAGGUACCCUAAAUUUCAUGCUUGUUUGGACAAGCUUCCAGCUGAUGGUAACAUAGCUUUUCAGGUUCCUCCAAGAACAGACAAAUAUACUGAACAAACAACGACAAUCUCGCCUACUACAAAACAGCAAGACACAUAGAGAUAUCAAUAACAAAAAAAAAACAUAUUUGCCAGUUUGAUAAUGUUUGAUACAAUGCAACUCGUGUAAAAAAAAGAUAUUUAUAUAAAUUCUUAAACUAAGUUCGACGCUUUUUAAAUGAUAUAAAAAGACUUGAAAAAAUAAC